CAAACGUAGGAGUGAGCAACCCAGUCAGGUAAGUCUACCGGAAAAUGCAAUUCCGGCCGUACAUAUGGGGAAGCUGACAAUGACUCCACCACCUGCUAGCACACCGACAGCAGAAGCAAAUCCUGUACAAGUGGUAUGAUAUGAAGAUCCAUGGAUGUCUGGCGAGCGUUUUCUUACCAAAUCGGCCACGCGUGUUGUUGUUCUUUUUCUCUUCACUCUGCAACUCACGGCUGUCGAGUUUUCAUGCUUCCCAAUUGGAUGUUUCUCGAGGAUGUUUGUCAUGGCCUUCACUUCCUGACCUCUUUACAUCCAUUCAUCCGCACGGGCAACCAGACUCUCUGGGACGGACGGCAGCGGAACCCACUUGCCGCCCGCAGCAUUCCCAGUCUCAUCUUGUAAUACAAAUACCCGUACAGCACGGAACCGUACCGUAAGGAAGGAAGCAUGCAAAGAAAGCAUGCACGGUACCUUCCUCGACAGAUCAUAAUAUAAUGCCUGCAGAGAGAGGGAUCGAUCGACACUCUUCACAAAGAAUGU